CUCGAUUGUUCUUCCCCUAGGAGCUGCCGCAAAUACUGAGGGCACCGCCAGCAACUUGCACUGGCAAAAUCAAACAACCCGACUCUUCAUGAAUUUUCACUUAGACAAAAGUGCCGCGGUCGAGCCGCGCGAUGAUGAGAACUACAUGAAGCUACGUUCUUGUAGUAAGUCGUGCAACUUACAGUCAUUGUCAUCCUAAAGAUUUUCGCCGGAGCCAUUUUUCGUGCUGCCAUUGUCACUCGCUCCUAGAAGUCUACCUAGCAAAUAUGAUGGCGCGCAACUCAUUAUAUAGUGCGGACUGCGCUACCGCUAGAACUAGUGCCGUCCACGACUGCACACUGGUUCUACAGAUGUGACAGGAGAACCCUUUCUACCCUGGCACGAAAAGUAAAGCUGAAGCAGUGGCUGGGAACAAGACAUGGUUGACGGCCUGGACAAGAACAACCUCAGCACGGCCGCCGGCAGCGCCGUCGCAGGUCCUUCUACAAUUUUUACUACUGCAGCGGGAGCUGCAACCGGCAUUGUCGAUGAGGACGAAGAUGUUCUUCACGACAAGCGCCCCCGCGAGGACAUCGCGAGUAGCGACGAGGAAAGUUGCAGUAGUUCCUCCUCGCCGCCAACCACAGGAGACAACAAGAACCCGGCGAAAAGGUUCAAGAAGGAAGAUAUCGCCAGGUGCGAUUUGGUACUGGAAAUGAACAAAGAGUUUCGAAAGCAGCAUGAGCAAAUCAGCACGUCUUCCCUGAAACUCAUUGACGAUCGUUGCUCGUGGAAGCAGUCAUUUCUCCAAUCGCAGUUGUCUCUCGCGAAGCAGGAGGAAGAAAUGCGGGCGAAGGAAAUUUCCUUUGAAACGAAGCUGGCAGAAUUGAAGGGCGUGUGGCAGGAAACGGAAGGGAAGGAGAAGGUAUUUUUUUCACUUUUUAUGCCACCAUCAACACGAUAAAACUGUGAGUGCUUGGAUGGUGGAGCCGGCGCCCGUAACCACCUUGCACAUUGGGAUCACAGUUUUAUGCGAGCACCACAUUUUGUACAUUCCACUUCGAGCUACUUUCCCAAGCAGCGUGGUCUGUCUCAUGUGGACGUUACGGGCUGAAGUGUUGUCCCCCUCUCCACCCUGUUGCGUUGUCUCUUCAUGUUCUUCUGUCUCUGACAUUAAGAUUAUAAUCAAACACCAAUUUUAUGCUUAUUAGACUGGUACUUUUGUUUUUACAACGUGUUGCAUCUACAAAAGAAAAGAACGAGAGAGAAAGAUGCAAGGCCGCUGAGAGCUUCGUUCUUCUCCAUGAUGUGGUUGAACAAUCUUGGCUUUGAAGUGGCGUGAUCCUUGUCAUUGAGUCUGCUAAUAAAACUAGGUCCUCCAAGAAAAUCUCGAGCAGAUGACAAAGGCGCUGGCGGAAAAGCAGCAGAGCGUGAAAUACUACGAGGAGCGGAUCGCUGCACUGUCGAACACGGCUACGAACAUGGCCGAGGAGGAAGCAGACAAGAAGCAGGAGCUGCAAAAGCUCGAAGCUUCCGUGUCUUCGAUUCGUCAAAAGUUGACGCAAGUGGAGGACGAGUUACGGGAAAAACAACAACAGGCCGAAACUGCGGAAGCCGACAACCAGAAAAGGUUGGAACAGCAGUCCCAAGCGGACAACCAGCAGCGGCAACAAGUGCUGCAGCAAAUCACGGAAUUGCAGGAGGAGCUGGACAUUCAGAAGAAAACCGCUUUGGCGGAGUUGGAAACGGAGAUAAAGUUGAAAAAGGACGAGCUGGCGAAAGAUUUGCAGGAAAGGGAAGAGGAAUUCGAAAAGGCGCGCACCACCAUGGAGGCCGAACACGAAAAAGCGAUGGAAGCGUACAAUCGGUUACUCGCGUCGAUUGAGCAGAAACAGGCAAAACACGAAGAACAGGUAGUAGAGCAGAAGAAGGAGCUGAGUCGCUGGGCGGGUGAAGAAAGAGCGAAAAUGGAGAGGCAGCUGGAGGAGGAACAUUCUACGGUAUUUUAGAUCGAGUUCUGUAUGUUUGAUUUACAUGUUUAUGCUUCCUGAACGUAAAAAAAAUUGUCUGCUUUGUCUUCUACUACUUCCAAUAAUUGCCGGACAACUUCUUCCUUCGAGCUUAUUGAAUAAGCCUUAUUCACGUGAAAUAAAUCACAUCAUCAAACAGGCCGUUUUGCGUUUGCAAACCGAACUUCAGAAGGAGUUGCUUACCGAAGAAACGAAGAUUCGUGAGGAGCUAAUUUCGCAGCGCACGCAGGAGGUGGAAACGGAAGUGGAGCAACAAAUUCAACUUCUCCGAUUGGAGAAGGAGGAGACUCUGAACGCCGAAAUCGCCGCGUUACAUGACGAGAAACUGCAGGAGGAGGCGAACAAACUCGCGGCAGUGAAACAAGACCAGAAGUACAGCCGGGAAAAGUUGGAGGAAAUCGAAGAGAAAUCUAAGGAGCUGAUGUUUCAAUACGAAAAAAAGAUGCAGGAAUUAGAAUCCGCGAACAAAAAGCUACAAGAGCUCGAGCAGGAAGAAAACGACGAGCUCGGGCGGCAGGAGACGGAACGACAACGCUGGGCCAGUGAAAUGAGCGCCGCGCAGGAAGCGGUGCGGUCCGUCGUCCAUGAUAUCGAGAAGCGGGAGAAAGCCGCGGCGGAAUCGAAAGAACGGCUGGAGAUGCAGCGGGCCAUGCUGUCGAAGGCGGUCGAGGCAUACGCGGAGGAGGAAAAUAAAAUCCACCAAUUGAAUAUCAAAUGCAAAUAUGUCUGGGUCUGGAAGAGUCAUGCUGCUUUAGCAUGACACAGAAGGUAUAGCAUGGAAGCUCUAGCAUUACAGAUUUCGAAAAGCUUGCGCAAUGCCGAAUCCGCAUGACAAAUGCCCCAUUUUGGUGACAGAAAGAGGGCAACUUUUGCUGCCUAUGCAUGAGAGACUUUUUUGUGUUAUGAAGUGCGCAUUACAAGCUUGCACUCUUCCAGACCCAGAUACAUUUGCAAUGCAUAUUCAAGGAAGAAACGGAAGCGAUCAAUGGGAAAAGAACGGAAGCGGAGGAGGAGUUGGGAAAAAUGCAGGAAAAACUGCAGGAAAUUUCCUUCGAGAAGCAGAAAAUUGAAGCGGAGCAAGCAAACAAAUUCGAGGAAUUUGAGCUGCAGUUUGAGCAGCGGAAGGAGCGGAUGGCGGCUGUUGAUGCAAAUUUGGACAAGAAGCAGAAUCAGCUGGAGGAAAUGCGGAAGGAAGCAGUGGAGCUGCAGAGCAGUUUAUCGUGAGAAAAAAGUGUUACAGUUACACACCCUGACGCAAGACAAGCAAGACAGACAACCUCUGUCAUGCAGGAAAUGCUUGAGCUUGCUAGCGUCAUUUCGCGUGUGUUUUCCCUUAUAGUCUGCGCAUUACUUUUGCCAUGCAGAGCAACUUGUGAUGCUAGAAUUCCAACAAAUGUGUAACUGUAACACUUUUUUCCUUUGAUACAGUUUAGAGCACUUGGAGACGGAAAAGCAGGAAACCAAGGAGAGGAUAAACAAACUCGGAUUAGGAAAUAAGCAAUUAGAACAAGAAUACGAAGAGCUGGAGAAGCAUUUCGAGGAGCUGAAGGAGAAGGUAUAGUUUCGCUCUUUUGUGUUGCAUCAAUUACAUGACUUUUUUUUUCUUUUGCAUGAAAUAGACACAGGGAAUGAGAUUGUGUUCUCCAGCACAUCUACGGUUACAGCAGGUGCAGAAAAGGAGAAGCACACGGAAGUACUUACUUACAACUGUUGCAUUCGUUUCUUUUCUAUCAGGUCAAAGAGCAAGAAUCUCGCGUCGAGGAGCAGGAAGCGGAAAUUGAAGCCUACACUAAGAAGAGCGACAACGCCCGGGCCGACGUGACCACCAUGACAAACGAGGCGAGUGUGCUGAUGCAGCGCAUCGAGUCCCUGACCGGUCAGUACGAGCAGCAGGUGGCGGAGAACGAGCGCAAGCACGCGCGCGGCGUGGAGCUGAAACAGGAGCUGCACCGGUUGGAAAGUUCGAAGAUCGAGUUGUCCAAUUCCCUAGGCGAACUGGAAAUCGAGAAGCUCAGCCACACCACAGCUUUGCAGGACCUGCAAGCGAAGAAGAUCCAGAUGGAGACCGAAGCGAGCAAGAGAACGGCGGAGAUGACGGAUUUGCGGAAACGGCACGAAGAUUUGCGGAACCAGAUCGAGCAGGACCAAGCGAAAGUGUUGAGUGCGGAGAUUUUGGAAUUGGAACGGAAGAGGACAACUAUCUGGACACAAGUGGACGACCUAGACAGAGAUUUGUCCUCGAAGAAAGUCGAGCUCGCCGCCGCGAAGGGGGAUUUCGAGGAUCUUUCCCGGAAACGCACGCAGCUGAAGGAAGAUUUGACGAAGAAGCAGCAGGCCGCGGAGGAGGCCAAACAAGCAGCGAUGGACACGCAGUCGAACGUCGCCGCGCUGGAAGAGGUGCGGUUGAAGAAGAGCAACGAGAUCCACAAUUUGGAGGCGCAAAAGGGCAAAAUAAGUGCGGAAAUUUCCACGGUGAAAUCCGAAAUUCAAACUAUGCGGAACGAAAAAGAGGAACUCGAGGGGAAAAUAAGGAAUAGCAAAUUAUCGGUCGAGAAGGAUCUGAAUCGGGCGAAAGAGGAUUUGCAGGCGCUGAACAAGAAGUUGCAGGACCGGGAGAGAGAUUUGGAAAAGCACCGGGAAAAUCUGGAAGACGAAAGGAAAUCCUUCCGGGAGCAGUUUGAGGAUGAGAAGAAAGAGCGGAAGAAAACGCUUGAAGAGUUAGACGCGAAGGUGCAGCGGAAGCAGGAAGCACUGCGCCUGUUACUCGACGAGGACACGACCGAGGAGGAGAAGCGGCGGCAACUCGUGAAGCAGUGGAAGCAGCGGGAGGAAGCGACGCUAAACCGCGUGGAGCAGCGGGAAAAGGAAUUGGAAGAGCUGGAGAAAACGUACAAGGAGGACAAGAAACACCAACUGGCGCUGUUAGAAAAGCUGAAGGAGGAGCAACUGAAAACGCAGAAGGAGCUCGAGGAGGCGAAGCAGGAGAUUUGUGAGAGUAAGAAGCAGAUGGAGGAGACUAUGAACGAGAAACGGCACGAGAAGGAACGACUGUCCCAGGAGGUGCAGAAUUUGAAACUGCAGACCGCGCAGCUGGUCGCGCUCCGGGACCAGCAACUGGCGCAGGACGUGGAGACAGCGAAGAAGGUAUCCAGGGAAAAACACCCACCCCCAUCCAAUUUGUCAUGCAAAAAAUGCAUAAUUUCCAUAAUGUUUGCCAUGCAAAAAAUGAAUGGGGGUGGGUUUUUCUUCCUGGAUAGAAGGCCGGGGAAGAGUACAAGGAGAAAUUGCAGAAGAUCGCGAGUGACAACACGGCGUUAACAGCACUGAUGGACGAGCAGAGCCGGCUGCAGCAAUACGUAUCGCGACUGCGGUCCGAAAGUCGAGAACUGGAGCUGCAAAAGGAACAACAGCGAAAGGAGCUGGCGGUCGGUGGAGGAGUUGGUGGGUCAUCGAGCAGUCCAGAGCAGCUCCUUCACGCUGCACAUCAGCCCUCAUCUUCCGCCGGCGAUGCUGGUCGUGGUCCUCCUGCGCGGAUAGAGAGUCGAAAGAAUCUUCCUUUGUCAAUCGGCGCUGGUGGCGUACAGCGAGAGCGACCACCACAUGCGCCAGGUGGUACUUCUGAUCGGCCCAGCGUUGUUGGAAACAAGAACAGCAACAAGCUGGUAGAUGCCGUGGGUAGCAAAUUGGAGCAGUUCAACCGGCAGAAUCGGGAGACGAAAGAGCAGCUGAAGCAGGACGUCUUGAUGGUAGAGAAAGCAUCCAGCUCCACCGGGACGGCGACUUACGUGCCUGCUGUUGUGAAAGACCAUCCGAAUAAUAAAGCCUCCAUGCGGAGCAGCGCGCUCCCUGCUGCUUCUGCAGCACCACCAGCAGUAGGUUCUUCUUCUUCGUCUUCAAGUGGACCACCUGCUGCUGGAUUAGUCCUUCCUGAGAAAACAAGUCAGAACAAACUUCCCAUCGCCCCGCCGCCGUCCUUGAACGUUGCAGAGACGAAAAAUAUUAGCAGAUCUGCAGUGUCGGAAGGAGCAGUUGAUGUAGCGAAAAGUAGCAGGAACAAAGACAAGCUUUCGGCGGAGCAGGUUGGCGGCUCGCCAGCGUUCUCCCCGGUGGUUGCGAACAACGAAGAUGAUAACGCCGCUGGUGUUCCACCAGAGGAUUAUCCGCCGACCCCCAUAAUCGACGCAGGCUCUCCUUUACAGCCACUUUCAACGAAAGUGUCCGAGAUGGCAAAAAUGUGGGAGAAAAAGAAACACGACAAGAACAGCGAUGUGGAUCAGGAAAAAUCUUCGAGCAAGCAGCACAUCAAAGAGAAAAAGCACAACGCUGACGGAGCGGCAGCGGCAGGCGGGCUACUUUUGCAACAAGAAGAGGGGGCAAACAAGAAGGCACAAGUGCCAGUGCCAGGAGUUGAUGUUCUCGUCAGUACAAAAAAUCCGCCAGCAGCAGCAGCAGCAAGCGCAUCAGGCUCUACUUCAGGGGGGCAACAAAACCUGCUCGCAAAACUUCGCGGCCAGACGGUAACCGGUUUGGAGAAAGAGAAAGAGACGGAUGCCGCACCGGACCCUCCGGAGCCCCCGGUUCCAAAGAAAGAAUUUGGCGAAAAGAUAAGGCCAGGAUCUCCAACUGGAACUGCAGCGGCGUCGAAAAACAAGCAAGACCCGCCUCCAAACGGCAGUUUCGGUUUUGGUACAGAACAGCGCGAUAAGUCCUCUUCGAGCAAGCACCAACUGCUCCGUGGCACGGAAAACACCAACCAGAUCCGCUAUGGGAAUCACAAGGAGAACUGGCUGAAGACCGUCGGGGGUGCCACGGGCCAGCAGCAAAAUAAGUCAUCUUCGUCCCAGCCGUUAGUCGGCGGUGGAACUAGUACUUCGAGUCAGCAAAAGUCUUCCACUGCGGCCAUGAACCGCAGUGCGGUGUUUAACACGGCUGCAAUGAUGUUUGGCGGUGGUGCAGGCGGUGCGAAAUUCGGUGGUGCCGCCAGUCUUCUGAAAGGGAGAAAGAACAACCCAACGCAACUCCCAAACCCCAGUGUAGCCGGAAAUGGGUUUUCAUCAUCAGCAUCUGCAACCGCGGCCACGAGCUCCUUCCUCUCGAAAGCGAGUCGCGCCCGCAGUCCCAUUCUUGCGAGCCGACAGGGCGGGGGGAAGGCGGACUUCGAAAUGGAACCCCCGGGGACGAGGCGCGGGCCGCACUACUGUCCGAAAAGGCGGAAGAUCGUGUUCGACGCGGGGGAGCCGGCGGUGGAGACAACUGCAGGAGGUGCUGGGGGAUCAUCUUCGAGUCAGGACGCUGGUGCUCUUGUCUCUGGCACUGCUGCUGCGAAAGUGGAGGAAGCGAAGAAGACAAAGCUCGAAGUAGAGCAGCAGGGAGGUCGUGGUCCACCUGCAGGUCUCCCAGACGAGAAAAGGCCAGAAGAUGCAGAUGCUAACGCAGCAGGGGGCUCGAAAAAAAGCAAGCGAGAAGAUGAAAGCUUUCAGCCCGGCGUAGCAAUUGUUGCACCGCCCGAGGUAAUGGUAAACAAAGCCAAGCAGCAGGUGAAUUCGGAGCAGGUGGAUCCUCCUCUGAAUAAAGAUCGAGAUCCAGGAAAAAGCGCCGAUGAUCCGGCACCACCUGCAUCGUCCUCCGCAGCCGAUGCUGAUCCACCGAUAAUAAACCCCAGCGAUAAGCGCAAGGAUAGCAAGGAUGAUUUGAAAACAAAAAACAAAAAUCAUCCACCUCCCGGCGCUUCUACGACAAGCAAUAAUUUUCUCCUGGAAGAUAUCGAAGUGAAGCCUGCGGAAGCGAGUCGCGGCGGCGGUGGAGUUCCCCUCCCCUCCGGCAAACGCGGCGCCGGUGCGGCGCAGACGAAGAAAAAACGGCAAGCUAUGCUGGACGACGAUUCUCCCCCUUUCGUGUUGGAAGACAACUGGCACGGUUCGCAAAAUUCCGUCAUCCGCCCACCGCCGAUGGCCAGACACCAGGUUGGAGGUGGAGGUGGAGCUGCCUCAUCGUCUUCUGCCGGGGGCAAUACAGCCGCGGCCGUUUUGAAUCGGGACACCAUAGCGCCGGGGGCGGCAGCUGGUGCGAGGAAUGGAAGCAGGAACAACGACGACCAACCGCCCACCCCGAUUUUGGAGGACGAAUCUUCCAACAUGUCCUUCGGGCAGUCACUGCAGAAACAAGGAGAAAUUCCAGGAGGAGCGAAUGACGACUCAAAUUCCAGAGCGCAGCACCAGCAACAGCACAAAAUGCGGAACAAUAAACGGAAUCGGAACAAUGUCAAGGAUUUGCAAAUUCUGUCCGACGAGGAGAACCUGGAGCCGAAAAAGCCGGACGAGAAAUCGCCCUCCGCAGCGAGCAAACUGGCGAAAAAGGAGGCACUGAACAAGAAGAAGUGUAAGUACACGCUGGAAGACUUGAAAAAGCGCACCGUGCCGGAGAUAAAAGCGAUUUUGGAAGCUUGUAACCUGAAGACCACGGGAAGAAAGGACGAAUUAGCGAAGCGGGUGGUUGCCAAUCCGGACCUGUACCCGCCGACGUUUAAGACGCCGAAUGGGAAAAAGCCGGCACGGCCGCGCUGA